UCCCUGUUGUUGUGUGACCCCUGCAACGAAACCCCUGUCCCCGUCCCCUUCUCCUCCCACCCCGGCGGCCGCACCCCCGCCCGCCAUGGCCCCGCCGGCGCCACACCUCGUCGACGAGCUCCUGGAGGAUAUCUUCCUUCGCCUGCCCACCCCGGCCGCGCUCGCACGCGCCUCAACCGCCUCCCCCCGCUUCCGCCGCAUCAUCACCGACCGCUCCUUCCUCCGCCGCUUCCGCAAACUCCACCCGCCGCCGCUCCUCGGGUUCGCCGACGAACGUGCAGGCUUCCACCCCGCCGAGGCUCCCCAUCCCUCCGCUCCGCUCGCCCGCGCCCUCGCCGACGCCGCUGAUUUCACCUACUCCUUCGUCCCCAAGCCCAGUAAUGACCACUCCUGGCGUCCCUGCAACGUCCGCGACGGCCGCGUCCUCCUCGAGAGCAGCCGAUACGGGACCUUCAGAGAGCUCGCGGUGUGCGAUCCGUUGUCACAGCGCUACGUGCUGCUUCCGCCCAUACCCGAGCACAUGUCAGUCCAGGAACAGCGCCCUUGGGAAUUCAGGUCCAUCCUGGCUCCCAUUGCCGAGGAGGACGAGGACGAGACGUCGUUCAAGGUGAUAUGCUUUGCGGACUACGAAACCAAGCUGGAUGUGUUUGUCUUCUCUUCCAUCACACGCCAAUGGUGCAUUGCUGCAUCUCCCAGCUGGAGUUCUUUGGGCGCGGAACGCCCAUGGGGGCUGUGUGGUUGUCGAAGACUGACUGGGAUGUAGAUUAUUUUUCGCUGGAUGUCAAGACUUCUGAACUUGCAAAGGUUUGUAGGAGGAGGAGGGAAUUCUUCCAUUAUGAAGAUGUUUACUGGUACUUUGGCUUCCCUCCAUCUUUGUCAAAACCGAGUAUAUGAAGCGGGACAAACACAUUUGGAGUCUCUUGUUUGGGCUAUGCGAUGCUUUUGAGAAGAAAUGGAGGAUAUACAAGAUGGUGAUGCGAAUAUGCUGGCUAGAUAUAGUACUCUAGCCCUGGUAUUAUUUAUCAGGAACUAUCCAUUAUGUGCUUCACUAUAUAUGUCCAUGUGCAGCAUAUUUCAGCAAGACAUGUUGUAGGAGGUGAAUUUGUAUAUGUACUUUGUUGUAGGCAAGCUUAAUUUUAUCGAACUCUAAUAUGUAAGAGUCCGUGUGUUGGGAGAAUGACACACCCUAAACCUAUUUGUGGUGGUGUGUUCACAUGCCUGGACCUAGUUGUGGUUGCAGCCGCAAACAAUAUGCUAUGCUCUGCUCUGCUCGCCA